UGUGUCACUCUGGCAGCUGCCAGCUUUGAUGUCACAGCGUUCUUAAAAAAAAAGGCAAAAACAAUCCGCAUUGUAAAAUAAUCUCCUAUUUAAUUUGUAACAAAGCUGUAGACGGGACUCUCGCUCUUUUUUUAAAGAAGCCUUCAGAUCGAGUAAACAAAGAUCUAAACAGAAAUGGUUUCCCCAGUCACCGUGGUGAAGUGCGAAGGCCCCAAGCUUGUGCCUUUCUUGAAGGCCACGUGCGUCUACUUCGUCCUCUGGCUGCCCACCUCCAGCCCCUCGUGGUUCAGUGCCCUCAUCAAGUGUCUGCCCAUCUUCUGCCUGUGGGUCUUUCUCCUGGCUCAUGGGAUCUCCUUCCUGGGUGCCCAUUCCAGUGCCCGCAAGAUCCUGGCCGGACUCAUCUUCUCUUCACUGGGAGACGCCUUCCUGAUCUGGCAGGAGCAAGGCUACUUCGUCCAUGGUUAG